AAUUUGACGUGUAAACAUCCCUUCCCCUUCCACGACUCUCUCAUUGGUGGCUCUCCAUGCGCGUUCAAUUACUUGCUCACGCUGCAUUAGAAUUAACAGGAGAACAUAGCGUUUACCAAGGAAGCUGAACUGAUAUUUCUUGUUUUUACAUAUUUUUUAUUUAUUUAUUAACUUUUUUCUAUUUAACUGUUUUUAUCCAUCGUGAUCAUCCAAGUCAUUUUUAAGUGGUUGUAAUUGACUGGAAAUGGAAGAAAGAUGUCGUCCAAUGUUGCUGUGCGGUGUUCUUGCUCUGUUCUGUGCGCUGGUGUCCUCAGCUGUGGACAGACAGUAUCUGAACGAAUGGGCGGUGGAGAUUCCAGGGGGACUCGACAAUGCCCGAUCCAUCGCCGACGAGCUCGGCUACGAUUUAGUCCGACAGAUUGGGGCACUGGAAAACCAUUAUUUAUUCAAGCGGCACAGUCACCCUAGCAGGACCAAAAGAAGUGCGGCUCAUAUCACCAAACGUCUGUCAGAAGAUGACAGGGUGUCUUGGGCUGAACAGCAGUAUGAAAAACGGAGGGCCAAACGUGCCCCGCUGGGAGCCGAAUGUAAGGAUUGCUCUGUAGACAAACUCUUCGAUGACCCCAUGUGGAACCAACAGUGGUAUCUGCAAGACACCCGGACGUCAUCAUCCCUCCCCAAACUGGACCUGCACGUGAUCCCGGUCUGGAAGAAGGGCAUUACGGGCAAAGGAGUGGUCAUCACCGUACUGGAUGACGGUCUGGAGUGGAACCACACCGACAUUUACCCUAACUAUGAUCCUGCUGCUAGCUAUGAUUUUAAUGACAACGAUCCUGAUCCCUUUCCCAGAUACGACUCCACCAAUGAAAACAAGCAUGGUACCAGAUGUGCUGGAGAGAUUGCCAUGCAAGCAGACAACAACAAAUGUGGUGUUGGAGUGGCUUACAACUCAAAAGUGGGAGGCAUUCGAAUGCUGGAUGGAAUCGUGACAGAUGCCAUCGAAGCCAGUUCUAUUGGCUUUAACCCUGAUCACGUUGACAUCUACAGUGCUAGCUGGGGCCCUAACGAUGACGGAAAAACAGUGGAGGGACCUGGGCGUCUGGCCCAGAAAGCUUUUGAGUACGGUAUCCAGAAGGGUCGUGGUGGGAAGGGCUCCAUUUUCGUCUGGGCAUCCGGUAACGGUGGUCGUCAGGGUGACAACUGCGAUUGUGAUGGAUACACAGACAGUCUGUACACCAUCUCCAUCAGCAGCGCAUCCCAGCAGGGUUUGUCUCCCUGGUACGCUGAGAAAUGCUCCUCUACGCUGGCUACGGCCUACAGCAGCGGGGACUACACCGACCAGAGGAUAACUAGUGCAGAUUUGCACAAUGAAUGCACAGAGACGCACACUGGGACGUCUGCAUCUGCCCCAUUGGCUGCAGGGAUAUUUGCUCUGGCUUUGGAGCAAAAUCCUGAUCUGACCUGGCGAGACCUUCAGCACUUGGUGGUUUGGACGUCUGAGUUUGAUCCCCUGGCUAAUAACCCAGGUUGGAAAAGGAAUGGAGCUGGAUUGAUGGUCAACAGUCGAUUUGGGUUUGGUCUCCUGAACGCCAAAGCCCUAGUAGACUUGGCCGAUCCCAAAAUCUGGAAGCACGUUCCCGAGAAGAAACAGUGUAUUGUCAGAGAUGAGACAUUCCAACCAAGACCAUUGAAAGCUGCAGGUGAGAUAUCCAUUGAGAUCCCCACUAAGGCCUGUGCAGGACAGGUGAAUUCUAUUGGAUCUUUGGAGCAUGUGCAGGUGGAGGUCAGCAUUGAGUACACACGGAGAGGAGACCUACACAUCACACUUACUUCUCCAUCAGGUACCACCACAGUCCUGCUGGCAGAGAGAGAGAGGGAUACGUCAGCCAACGGUUUCCGAAACUGGGCCUUCAUGUCCGUGCACACCUGGGGAGAAAACCCCACUGGCACUUGGACCCUGAAGAUUACAGAUACGUCUGGACGGAUAGAGAAUGAGGGUCAUAUUAUGAAUUGGAAGUUGAUUUUGCACGGGACGUCUGAGAAGCCAGAGCACAUGAAGGCGGCAAGGGUUUACAUGCCCUACAAUGCCAUACAAAAUGAUCGUAGAGGAGUGGAACCAAUGGAAGACAUGAUCAAGGAAGCUCCGACUCCAGCUCAUAAACCUGAAGUUUCAAGUCCAGUGGUCCCAGACUCACUCCCACCUGCUGCUUCCAUCAGUGUCCCUGAAGAAAAUCCCGAAGCCCCAGGCUCCUCCACUGCCAAUCUGGCCCUGCUGCGUCUCCUCCAGUCAGCCUUCAACAGGAAAACCCCAGUGGUUCCUCCGCACACUCUGGUGGUUCCUCCCAAGACCUUGCAGCCCGAGAAGAUCCCCCCGCAGAAGCUUUACCAGGCCCUCGACCGGCUAAACCCCUAUAGGGGCUCCGAGAACGGCUUAUUUGGUGACUACAGUGACAACUUCUACAGAGCCCAACCGUACAGGCACAGAGAUGACCGGCUGCUGCAGGGACUGUUUGACAUGCUUGGAGACGACCAGCAGUGAGACAGGAAGAGGGUAAAAGAAGCGGGAUGCCCUGCUGAAAAGACUAGCUCAUGGUUCCCAUGCAGCUCUCUCAGUUUUGGUAGUGGAGCAGCAUGUUAAACUGGUCUUGGUGGCUCAACUGAGUGAGUUAUGCACUGCAACAUCUCAAACUAGCUGCUAUGCUAGUCUUUUCAGCAGGACGAAGGGGCAAGAAAGGAAGUAAGUAACUUGAAAUAAAAAGCAUUUUGUUUUCUUCCAGACAAGCUUGUUUUUAUCUGCACAUGUAGUUAUCAACUAUAAGAAUCCUACGGCCUGUGUCUGUCAGUGUGAGUGUUUGUAUAUCCGUGGUGAACAGCCAGCUGUAUUUGUCCCUCAGUUUUGAACCAGGUUGCUAAGAUAUAAAACCAUUGACAGGACAAAUUAUGGCAUCUCGUGCCCUUUGCCCUCUUGUUGAUUUUUCUCAUGUUGCCUUCGCUACCACCAACCUUUGCAUGCUAUAAAAAGUUUACAUUAGGAUGUUAAGAAAAUAUUGUACUAAAGAGCGUGAUUGUAAAUUGUAACUAAAGUCUUCGCACAAUCAGUUUAAAGGGAUAGUAUACCGAAAAAUGAUAAAUGUAAUUUACUCACCCUCAUGUCUUUCCAAACAUGUAAAUUUUUUUUUUUUUGGCUGAACACAAAAGAAAAUACUUUGAAAAAUAUUGAUAGCCAAACUGGUAACUUUCAUAGUAUUUUUGUUGAUAUUAUGGGAGUCGAUGGGACCCAAAUCUAUUUCAAAAUAUCUUAUUUUGUGUUCCAAAAAAGAGGAAAGAAAGUCAUACAUGUUUUGAAUUACAUUAAAGUAAGUAAAUAUUUUUUUAUUUUAAGUUGACGUGAAAUCAAAUCUGACCUGAAGUACUUUCUCAAUGCACGUUCUUGGUGUCACUGAGCACGAUUCGUUACUGCACACUAUUCCAAAUAAAUAAAUGUUUGUCUUAAUAUUUUAACAAAAUUUAACUCGCUCUCCACCUCUUAAAGGACUUGCCUUUUUGACUGAUGUCAAAAAUGUAUUACAUUUUUCAGUGGAUUGUAACACACUUUUCACAAAUCAAAUCAAUAAUUGUAAUAGUAUGUUAUUCGGUUUCCUGUGGACCCCUUUAACAAUAAUGAUAAUAAUGAUCUUUUAUUUCAGUUGGCAACAUUUCAAAUUUUUAUUUAGUUUAAAUUGAAAUACUAAAUAACUAAAAUGACCUGAACUAUAACUAAUAAAUGCAAAUUAAUAAAAACUAUAUAUUCAUACAAAAACAAAAAACACGUUAAAAUUUAAGUAAAAAAUUAAAUAUUAUAUAUAAAACCUAUAAUAAUAUAUCAAUGAUACUAUUUUAAAACAAAAUAAUUCCUAAUAUAUUUUUUAUUUUAUUUAAAAUAUUAGCAAUUUGUUAAGAAAUAAGGAAUAUGUUCAGUUACAUAUAGAAAAAUUAAUCAUUAAAUAUUUAUAUAGUAAACCUUAAAAAAUAUUAAAGUCUUGAACAUUACUUAAAAUCUCAGGUAAUUCCAGAAAACUAUUUAGGUAGUUUAUCUGACAUAAAACUGGGAAACCCUGUUUAUAGACUAAAGAACACCAGUAACACCUGGUUCUACAACUGAGUGCUUAUAGAUCACUGUAUAACGUUCAGGAUGAAAGUGUUUAGAGAACUAUUUUUCAGUAAACUGUAGAAUACCGAGGACAUAUACCUGUGGGACACCUUGAAGCCUAUAUUUCUCUACCCUUUUUGUUUUUGCACAGCUUUUACCAUGUACCUCUCCCCUGCUCUCUCUAGAAACACAUGCUUUCUAAAUAACCUCUAAAUAGUUAUGUAGAAAUAAUUAUGAUUUUAGAACAUCCCAGGAAACUGAGUAUAUGUAUCAACCGAUUUUAUAUUCAAAAAUUCAUAAAACAAAGAUAAAGUUUUAUUUUUCUAAGAGUUCAUAGUAAUUUAUGAGAGUAAAGAGAAGUAAUAUCUAUAUAGAACCCUAAUAUAUUAUAGUGCCAUUUACCUCAUAAGCCUAAAUUGCAUUUCUGUCUCUUAUGAAUAUAUGUUGUUGUACCUUUAACCUGAAUGUUUAUGGAUGUAUUUCCAAUAAACUCUAUCCAGCUGUUGUGAUGGUUCUCUGAAAGGGAUUGUCUGUGUUUUGCAUUUGUAAUGCCAUCAACAGGCUUGUAUGUUCCUGCCCUAUUCUAUUUAUAGGUUAAGUUAACUAUGUUGAGUUAACUAAGUCUGAGUGCAAAACGUAAAUUGGAAACCACAGUUAUGUUUGUAUUUUUUUAAAUAUAGAAUCUGAAGUUGCUGGACAUAUCACUUUGUAAAAAUAAAUGACUUGAUGAAUGUU